GGCUGUCCUGCUGCUGGACCGCCAGGGGCAACGGCGCUCACGUCCCACACCGUUGCGGGUGGCCUGGCUGGCAGGGGUCCCUGUGGGGAUAGCGUGGCUGCGGUUGGUGAGGGGAUUGGGGCGGGAGAGGGGUGGCGGUGUUAGAUUCUGCGGGCUCUGCUCUGAGCCCCCGCCCAGCCCAGAAACCCCACUAGCCUGGGGCCUGAGAACAGCCACGCCACUCCCUCCUGAGAACCCACCGCGCCACAGCUUGGAGGAAGAGCCUGCGGGGAACUGGCUGCGGGACGCUGUCUUCUUGAGUGCAGGUGCUGGCUCUGCUGUGACCAUGCCCGUGACCUUUGCCCUCCUGCUCCUCCUAGGCCAGGCCACUGCGGACCCAUGCUACGAUCCACAGGGCCGCCCCCAAUUCUGCCUCCCGCCAGUGACACAGCUGGCUGCCGUGGCGGCCUCCUGCCCUCAGGCCUGUGCCCUGUCCCCAGGAAACCACCUUGGGGAAACCUGCAAUGGCAGCCUGACCUUGGCCCUGGGUGGCUCCUUCCUCCUGACAUCUGUCAGCCUGCGCUUCUGCACCCCAGGACCCCCAGCCCUCAUCCUGUCUGCUGCCUGGGCCUCAGGGGGUCCCUGGAGGCUGCUGUGGCACAGACCCGCCUGGCCUGGGGCCUUGGGGGGCCCUGAAAGGGUGACCUUCCACUCCACACCAGAUCCUAAGGCCACUGUGGUGGCCAGCCACCUCCGCGUGGAGUUCGGGGGCCAGGCCGGGCUGGCGGCGGCUGGGCUGAGAGGCCGCUGCCAGUGCCAUGGCCAUGCUGCCCGCUGUGCCGCCCGUGCCCGGCCCCCCCGCUGCCACUGCCGCCACCAUACCACUGGCCCGGGGUGCGAGAGCUGCCGCCCGUCCCAUCGAGACUGGCCCUGGCGGCCUGCUACGCCCCAGCACCCCCACCCUUGCCUACCCUGCUCCUGCAACCAGCACGCCCGACGCUGCCGGUUCAACUCUGAGCUGUUCAGGCUGUCGGGCGGCCGGAGUGGGGGUGUUUGUGAGCGGUGCCGCCACCACACAGCCGGGCGGCACUGCCACUACUGCCAACCAGGGUUCUGGAGGGACCCUAGCCAGCCUAUGUCCAGCCGCAGGGCCUGCAGGGCCUGCCAGUGCCACCCUAUCGGGGCAACAGGAGGAACCUGCAACCAGACCAGUGGGCAGUGCACCUGCAAGUUAGGGGUCACAGGCCUGACCUGCAACCGCUGUGGCCCUGGCUACCAGCAGAGCCGCUCCCCCAGGAUGCCCUGCCAGCGAAUUCCAGAAGCAACAACCACCCUUGCCACUACUCCUGGUGCUUAUAGCUCUGACCCUCAGUGUCAAAACUACUGCAAUAUGUCGGACACCAGGGUAUAUAUGAGCCUUCGGAGGUACUGCCAGCAGGACUAUGUUCUUCGGGCGCAGGUGCUAGCGUCUGAGGCGGCAGGCCCGGCAUGGCGGCGGCUGGCCGUGCGCGUGCAGGCCGUCUACAAGCAGCGGGCGCAGUUCGUGCGACGCGGCGACCAGGACGCCUGGGUGCCCCGCGCCGACCUGGCCUGCGGCUGCCUGCGCCUACAACCGGGCACCGACUACCUGCUGCUGGGCAGCGUGGUCGGCGGCCCCGACCCCACGCGCCUCAUCCUAGACCGCCACGGCCUCGCGCUGCCAUGGAGGCCGCGCUGGGCCCGGCCCCUGAGGCGGCUGCAGCAGGAGGAGCGCGCCGGGGGCUGCCGCGGCGUGCGGGCACCCACAUCCAGCCCCAGGCCGGAGCAUUAGAUGUGGGCUGCGGCUGCCUCCAAUGCCAACAAAGAAAUUUGGGACCGACUGAGAGCUGAGCCUUAUACCUUAACGGUGCGCCGUAGAGAGCCAAUGAGACGUCGCAGAGCCCCGACGUCACUAUGCAUGCGCCCACGCCACGCAGGCGUGCGGAACUUUUAGCAAAAGGCGGCAAAGAGGACUACUGGUUCCAACUGUUCCUCCUUUGGCUUGUGGCUUAUUCCCCGCCAGUGAUCUAUUUCCCCCAAUAAAGUCUCAAAUCUUGGGGAA